AUGCCGUCCAGUAAACCAACUCCGGCUAAACAAAAACGUGUCCGCACGGGAUGUUGGACAUGUCGUCGGCGGAGAAGGAAGUGCGACGAAGGAAAACCUCGCUGUGAAAAUUGCGAGGCGAAGGGUUUUUCGUGUCGCUAUGGCGCCGAUCUUACCUUUGUGUCCGUGCCGAACCCACGGAUACAGUCACCAAAAGGGCCGGCUACUAGGGUGAAUUAUAAUACGAUCGAAUUUAUUGAUGACCGCCCGGCGACGUCAGACAUCACCUCGAGCUGUGGACCUGGUACAAAUGGCCAGGAGACUGACACGGGGGCAGUUCCGCCCGCGAGUGUUACCCAGAGCGCUAUCAUCGAACAGCCGAUCCAACAGACCACUGCUGAGCAUGUCGACAUUGCAGAAUUCAAUCGACCUGCAUAUCCUUCCGGUGUUGAUGCCGAUAUCUCCCGGGAGUCCACUUUUUCGGAUUCUAGUACUACCUCCCAGCUCCAAGAUAACCGGGGGACCGUUGCCAAGAGUCGGGCUCUGGCGUAUGUUUCGGGCAACUGCAGCUCGAACUCCCGAUUUUCCAUCACCAACAACCCGGUUCAUCCCAUCCCGACCAGUGGAGUCGAUGAAAUUGGCCUGCUGCGUUACUUUCGCUACCAUCUGGCCCCAUGGAUUGAUCUUGGAGAUCCCGACUGCGGGUUUGAGAUCCAGGCAUUGCUGCUCGCAAAAACUGAGCGACCACUGUUGGCUGCCAUCAUGGCGCUUGCCUUGAGUCAUGCUUCACUUCAGCGACACAGCAAUACCAUCGGUGUGAGUGCUACAUUACAGGACGAGGCUGAACGCGGUCUCGUCCACGCGGACGACCCUAUCAAGUCAAUGGGACAAGCCCUCUUGAUGUUGCAUGACUUCUUCUUCUCCUGUCCGCGACAAUGGCGAGAUUUUCUACGAGCUCGUACUCGUGGAUUGAGUAGUCUUGACUUUGCAAAUACCCCACAGGGUGUGCUAAACCAGCCAUGGUGGCUACUCCACUCUCGAAUUGAUCUUGCUGCUGGAAUCAUCAGUGCAAAAGCGCCAUUGAUGUCAUACCGCUCCCAAUUACUACCUGAUGGCCCGUUUCCAGUAGUGCCACAACAACGACCGUCAAAAUGGGUCUUCUUGAGUGUUUUGCUUCUUUUAGCGGAUACUUUGUCCCUCGUCUUCGGCCCAGCUGAUACAUUAUCCCCAAGUACCGAACGUGGAGGACAGCUCGCCGUGCAUACCUUACUGCAAACGGAUUUCACGUCACGAUGGACGUCUCUCUGGACCAAUUGUCAGGAAUGGUACCACAAUCGCCACGUGGAGAUGCGGCCGGUUCUAGACAUUCGCGGUGUGGAGGCAGAUGAGAUUAAUGCUGGGAACUGCUCAUCUUGUCCUAUUCUUAUCUACACGUCACCUCUUGCCCUUUUGGCCAACACUAUCUACCAUAUAUCCUCAUUCCUCUUACUUAUCCACAAGCCAAGGCUACUGAAGACAAUAGCAGGUCCGAGACGUUUCGCCUCUCGCAUCUGGCAUGCCCAAGCCAUUACAGGAAUUGCUACGAGCAAUGAGUUCAAGGAGCAGUGGGACCCGAUCCUGAUCGCUAGUCUUCUCACCAUAGCACCAGAGAUGACCCACACAUCGCAGCAAUCAAUCCUACUCGACCUACUAGGUAGUAUUGCCACUGCCACUGGAAUUAAGCUAGAUUCUGAGAUAGACAGCUUGCGCUCGUGCUGGAAUAAUGCACAAUACGAUGAAGACGCGGUUGAUUGA